AUGGGAGAACCAGGCAUGGGAGAACCAACCAUGGGAGAACCAGGCAUGGGAGAACCAACCAUGGGAGAACCAGGCAUGGGAGAACCAACCAUGGGAGAUCCAGGCAUGGGAGAACCAACCAUGGGAGAACCAGGUAUAGGAGAACCAACCAUGGGACAACCACCCAUGGGAGAACUAGGCAUGGGAGAACCAACCAUGGGAGAACCAACCAUGGGAGAACCAGGCAUGGGAGAACCAACCAUGGGAGAACCAACCAUGGGAGAACCAACCAUGGGAGAACCAACCAUGGGAGAACCAACCAUGGGAGAACCAGGCAUGGGAGAACCAACCAUGGGAGAACCAGACAUGGGAGAACCAACCAUGGGAGAUCCAGGCAUGGGAGAACCAACCAUAGGAGAACCAGGUAUAGGAGAACCAACCAUGGGAGAACCACCCAUGGGAGAACUAGGCAUGGGAGAACCAACCAUGGGAGAACCAACCAUGGGAGAACCAGGCAUGGGAGAACCAGGCAUGGGAGAACCAACCAUGGGAGAACCAACCAUGGGAGAACCAACCAUGGGAGAACCAGGCAUGGGAGAACCAACCAUGGGAGAACCAACCAUGGGAGAACCAACCAUGGGAGAACCAACCAUGGGAGAACCAACCAUGGGAGAACCAACCAUGGGAGAACCAACCAUGGGAGAACCAACCAUGGGAGAACCAACCAUGGGAGAACCAACCAUGGGAGAUUGGUAA